AUUUGCAGGUUAGUCUUUUUAGAAAAGGGUUCCAGGAGAUUGCAUUAAUUGUUAGAGAAAAAAAACCCUAUCUUGUUGCCUCUGUAACAUGAAGGAAAUGAUUUACAGACAUGCUGGAAUAGAGGCGCACUAUGUUACCCACAGCUGUUACACCACACCCACUUCCUGGGAGGAGUGUGUGCCUUAUAAAUUCUCAACUUCUCGCCCACAACAGCUUCGACUCUCCGGCACCAGCCUGUGAUCUCCCUGGAGUAUUUACCGAGUCGGUCUCAAACGCCGCGGCAACUUUCAAGGAGGGUAGCGAGAGAGAGAGGGAAAGAGAAAAGAGUUUCACUGAACUUUUUGUUGCAUUUGUGUCAGACGAGAUCAAAAACAACACACAAGAUCAACAAAUUUGCACUUUCCUGACUUGCUUGAAGAAAGGUAUCGAUUCUAGUCAUGUCUCAAUUUAAGCAUGAGUUUGAAGCCUGCUGAAUCUAAUUUAAAAAUAAUUGUUAAAGAUCUGGUUUGCCGCUCGGAUUUGGACUUGCCUUUGCUGGGUGCUGUUGUCAAGUCAUCUUUCCUGACCUGUCGUUAUAAAUGUAAUUGAUAAAUCGUGUGCAAACGACAAGUUUUUUUUUGGGGAGGGGGAGAAAAAGAGAAAAUAAUAGCAAGUUUAUCAGUUUCUGUGGUGACGUUGACGAGUGAGGGCCAGGGAAGGAUGCAGCUCCGUGUUCUCCUCAACCUGCUUUUCCUGUGGGACAUUCUCCCCGUCACCCUGUCCCUCUCCACUUGCAAGACCAUCGACAUGGACCAGAUCCGGAAGAAGCGGAUCGAGGCCAUCAGGGGCCAGAUCCUCAGCAAGCUCAAACUGUCCAGCCCCCCCAAGGCCGAGCAGGUGGCAGUCACCAACGAUGUCAUGGUUCUCUACAACAGUACCAAGGAACUGCUGCUCAAGGAGCAGCAGCAGGUAGUCACUGAGACCGUGGAGGAUUAUUACGCCAAGGAGAUCCACCGCUUUGACAUUUUAGAGGACAACACAGGAAACAGAGACCAGGAUGGUAACGCCAACCACAAAACCUAUCGGUUCAACAUCUUUCUGAAUGCUUCCAGUGAAUCCUUCCUGCAUCGUGCCGAGUUCCGACUUUAUCGAGUCGCCAGGGAUGAUGCAGAGCAAAUGGAGCAGAGGGUGGAACUCUAUCAGGUCAGUUCAAACGGCAACACAUACCUAGACAAUCGCCUGCUGAAAACCAAGGCAAGUGAUGAGUGGAUCUCAUUUGAUGUGACGCAAACAGUGAAAGAAUGGCUACUGAAUAAAGUGACUGACCAGCAGUUGAAAAUCAGUGUCCACUGCCCUUGUGAGAACUCUGACUCGAAACGGAGCCUUCAACUAAAAUUCUACGAACCGCCGCGGGGGGAUAUGCAUACCGUGGCAAAGCGGAAUCGGAAGAUCGCCCACAUUCUCAUCAUGUCUAACCCAUCAACCAGGGCUGAGACGCACAGUCGAAGAAAACGGGACCUCAACACAGAGUACUGCUUCUCGCCCAGUGAGGAGAAGAACUGCUGUGUGCGCCCCAUGUACAUUGAUUUUCGAAAGGAUCUCAACUGGAAGUGGAUCCAUGAGCCCAAAGGCUACUAUGCGAACUUCUGCAUGGGACCCUGUCCAUACAUAUGGAGCUCAGAUACCCAGUACAGCACUGUCUUGGCUCUGUACAACUUGCACAACCCUGGAGGGUCUGCAUCCCCUUGCUGUGUCCCUCAGGUCCUGGAGCCCCUUCCUAUCCUCUACUAUGUAGGCCGGCAACCCAAAGUGGAGCAACUCUCCAACAUGAUUGUCAAGUCGUGCAAGUGCAGCUGAAGAAACUGAGGGAGAGGGCCCGGUGUCAUCAAAAUCCAGAGCCAAACUCGAACCAUCUCCAUAAGCCUGAGGGUGGAUUAUAUCUGCACGGACAAGUUCAGCACACGAUUAUUGUGCGAAAAUAGAGGUUCUGUGUUUGUUUUUUUUUUGUUCAGCGACUGAGAACUUUGUCCCACUAAUUUCUGCCAGAGCUACUGGACAGUCUGACUCAUGUCUUUAGCCUCCAGAUUUCCAGCAGGGGCACAAUUCUAAGUUGGAGAUUGAUUUUUUUUUUAGUGUUUUUAUAUUUUUAAAUGACAGAUGAUCCUAUAAUUUAUAAAUCUAGGGCUUUUUUUGAA